UAAUUUUUAGCUAAUGAUAGUGAUAUCGUUGGUAAUGUCUCACAAAUGUCAUCUGAGGUUGAUGCAUAAUUUGCGGUCUUUGGAUCCGGCGUCUGGUUUUGUGCUGUUGUUGUAGAAGACGCGGGGUAGUGAUUGUAUUGAACGAGUUGUAACCACAACAGUAACAAGAUGAAGAUGGUAAGAGGAAGAGGUCGAGGUGGAAUGGGAAGAGGAAUGGGCAGACCAGGGCCAUUCAAAGUUAAGCCUUUUGUCCCUCGUCACCCUUUCGAUCUUACUUUGUGUGAAUCUGCGUUUCCUCGUGUAAAGCCAUUGCCUGAUGAGACUGCAUUCACGCAGGCACUUCUGAAGAGAAAUACAGAUCUGUCACCAUCACCGCAAGAGCAGACUUCUGUUCUAAAUCUUGUGACAAAGAUACAGACAGUAAUGGACAACUUGGUUGUUGCUCCAGGUGGCUUUGAUGCCUGUCAGUUGGAAGAAGUUAGACAAGUUGGAUCUUUUAAAAAGGGAACUAUGAUGACCGGACAUAACGUGGCAGACAUUGUUGUCAUACUGAAAACCUUGCCAACAAGAGAAGCUGUUGAUGCACUUGGUGUUAAGGUGCAAGAAGAUUUGAAAGCUCAAGAUCCACAAGAGAUUCUCUCUAUGUUAACAAAUGACCGUGGCUUCGAGAUCAGUAGUUCUGAAGCAACUGUGAGGGUUUUAAUGACCACUGUCCAUCACAAUCUUCGGAAACUAGACCCUGAACUGCAUUUAGACCAGAAAAUUUUGCAGAGUCAUUUAGCAGCAAUCAGACACAGCCGUUGGUUUGAAGAAAAUGCCCACCAUUCAUCAAUAAAAGUUCUUAUACGCCUAUUGAGAGAUCUAAGAAACAGAUUUGAAGGUUUUGAACCUCUUUCUCCAUGGAUGCUCGACUUGCUGGCACAUAGUUCAAUUAUGAAUAAUCCCAGUCGCCAGGCAUUGCCAAUCAAUCAGGCAUAUCGCAGGGUUCUGCAGUUGCUUGCAGCUGGUUUGUUUCUCCCAGGAUCAGCAGGCAUUUCAGAUCCAUGUGAAGGAGGUAACAUACGGGUUCACACAGCAAUGACUUUAGAGCAGCAAGAUAUGGUGUGUCUUACUGCACAAACAUUACUGCGUGUGUUAGCACACGGAGGUUACAAGCGCAUAUUGGGUCUAGAGGGCAGUGCAGGUAUUGCAACUGACAUGUCUGUCUGGGAUGGUGUGGUGGUGUCUCCAUUGGACAAGGCAUAUGAAAAACCACUGGAAAAGAAAGAAGGUGAAGAAGAUGAUAUGGAAGCUGAUGGUGGUGGUGAUGAAGCUAUGGAAACUGCAGAAAAUUAAUGCAGGCCUUAUUUAAAUCCCUGUGUGUGUGCAUUGUUUAAAGAUUUUUAUUAUAUUUGUUUUAAUAUUAACUUACAGGACCAUUCCAUCAAGCUGUUACAGUUGAUGUUUGUGUGAUGUUUCAUGACUUUUCACUGUGAUGUGUGUACAUUAUACUCAUAAACAAUGAAACCUAAA